GUUAAACUAGAAUGGUGUCAAAUCUGUACAUUCACGAUUCACAACACAGAGCGCUGAACUGUUGAAGAAAAUGUUUCUCAUGUUUAUUUUUUACUCUUUAUGCUUCAGGUGUCCAGUGGAUGUGUUUGGUGAUGAAGUGAAGUCAGUGUCAGUGAUGGAGGGAGAUUCUGUUACUCUAUAUACUGAUACUAAACUACAGAGAGAUGAUCUGAUCGAGUGGAGGUUUGGAGAUAAAGGUAUUCGCAUAGCUAGAAUAAAUAAAACAGCUAAUAUAGUCCAAGUAAAUGCUGAUGUUCUUGAUGGGAGAUUCAGAGACAGACUGCAGGUGGAUAAUGAGACUGGAGAUCUCACCAUCACAAACAUCACAACUCAACACGCUGGACUUUAUCAAGUAACCAACAGAAAUAAACCCCAAACCCCAUACAGAUUCAAUGUUACUGUCUAUGCUCAUCUGCCCAUUCCUGUCAUCACCAAAGACUCAUCACAAUGUUCUUUAUUAUCAUUAAGCUCAAAUUGUUUAUUAUUGUGUUCAGUGAUGAAUGUGAGAGAUGUGAGUCUGUCCUGGUACAAAGGAAACAAUUUAUCGUCCAGCAUCAGUGUGUCUGAUCUCAACAUCAGACUCUCUCUACCUCUGGAGGUUGAAUAUCAGGAUACAAACACAUACAGCUGUGUACUCAACAAUACCAUCACAAACCAAACUCAACAUCUCAACAUCACUCAUCUCUGUCAGCCGUGUUCAGGUCUUUUAUAUUAUAUCUCUGGGGCUGCUGCUGGAUCUGUGAUGAUUGUAGCGGCAAUUUCAAUGUUCUGCAUCUGUAGGAAAAACAAAGACACACAUCAAGAGGUUCAGACUGGUGAAGAUGAGAUCACAUAUGCAGAAACAACAUUCCAACAAAAAAUGCAUAAAUCGGGAUCUGCAGUAGAGGAUGAUGUGGUGUAUGCAGGAGUCAAGGGACAAUAAACAAACUCAUUGUGAUUCUCAGAUCAACAUUCAGCUGUUUGAUCAUCUACAGUCUCUGUUAUAACUUCAGAUUCUCAGUGUUUGUGAGUUUAAAGUUUGCCUUUGUGAAUUAUAUUACAUAAAGCGAUUAUUACAUAAUACACACCAAAAAGCACAUGUUAAACAUAAUUUCACCAUGCUUAAAAAAUGUUAAUAGCAGUUUAAAAAAAGAACUGUACAACAUCAGAAACUCUGUGAUCAGAAUAUAAAUAAAUAAAU